AUGAAAUUCACCCUGCCCGUCAUUGCUGGUCUGGCGACCCUCGCCAUCGCCCUGCCCCAGGAUGUCCGCAGCCCACAGGACACCGUAGUUUACUUUGACGAGAAUCAUCAAUAUGCCCCCAAUGGCACGCACGGCUUCAUCGAGAUCGACGGCGUUAUGACCGCCCUCGACCUGACAACCCCCGAUGUCAUCCACGAGGAGCACAUUAUCCGCAAACCUCUCGGCCCGGAUUCAUCCUUCAACGUGUCCAUUGGAUUGGCCCAGGGGGGCGGAGACCUCGACAAGCGCGCAGACGGCCACUGCUCCAUGUUUUUCGGCUGCAAGAAUGAAUAUAUCCUGGUCAAAGGCAACCUGUGGUCGUACUGGACCACCCGAUAUGGCUCCGGCUAUGCCUUGAAUGGACCCAGCGCGUCCGAGACCAUCGAUGCUGAUUCUACCACCCUGAUUCGCUCGUUUGGUGGUUUGGCGUUCAGUCAUAAUACCAAGAAGGCAGGCUGUCACAUUAGGUUCGAGUUGCGCUCGUGCCGCAUCGAUGUUCCUACGGAAAGAGGGCAGAACAACGAGUUAUCAGUUGAUGGCAGUAUAAACUAA